AUGUCAAUAAACAAUCCUGUGCUGGUGCUGAACCAGAAUUAUCAACCUCUGAACGUAUGUAACGCGCGGCGAGCGAUUGUGCUGCUGGGGCGGGGCAAGGCGGAGACACUCAUUGAUGGGGAGGAGCACAUUGCCACCGUGUCCCGGCGCGUGCCUAUUCCGUCCGUGAUACGGCUCAUCUAUAUGGUGAAGAGGCCUCUCGUGAGGCGGAGGCUGUCGCGUCGCGCCGUGUUCUAUCGGGAUGGCUUUCGAUGCCAGUACUGCGGCAUGAAAUCCAAGAAUCUGACUCUAGACCACAUCGUGCCGCGCUCACGCAAGGGAGCUCAUGUCUGGGAGAAUGUUGUCAGCGCGUGCACUCCUUGCAACCACAGGAAGGCAGGCUUCACGCCGCGUGAGGCGAAUAUGAGGCUGCUGACCACGCCUGCCGCGCCACGUCCAAAUCCUUAUUAUAUCUUCCACCACCGGCAAAUCGAGGACGAAUGGCGUCAAUUCAUGCCGUGGAUGGAAUAA